ACCGUCAGAGGGCCACAAACCAAGGAGAACAGCCGGCAAAAAAGGGAAAGUGUUCCGCAAUGGCUUCCCUGAAGGAUAAACUGAUUACGCCAGUCGCGGCGCCAUCGACCCAGCCGAACAACAAGAUCACCGUGGUGGGAGUCGGUCAAGUCGGGAUGGCUUGUGCGAUCAGUGUCCUGGUGAAGCCGGAUGCAGACUAUGCCGUCACGGCCAAUUCCAAGGUUGUCGUGGUUUCCGCCGGAGUCCGCCAGCAGGAAGGGGAGAGCCGUCUCGACCUGGUCCAGAGGAACGUGAACGUCUUCAAGUUUAUCAUCCCCCAGGUGGUCAAGUACAGUCCGAACUGCAUCAUCCUGGUCGUGUCCAACCCAGUGGACAUCCUGACCUACGUCACGUGGAAGCUGAGUGGCCUGCCGAAGCAUCGCGUCAUCGGCAGCGGUUGCAACCUCGACACGGCCCGGUUUCGCUACCUGAUGGCGGAGAAGCUGGGUGUCCACCCCUCCAGCUGCCACGGCUGGAUCUUAGGAGAACACGGGGACUCAAGCGUGCCGGUUUGGAGCGGCAUCAACGUGGCCGGCGUCUCUCUCCAGGAACUGAACCCCGCAAUGGGGAGCGACCAAGAUCCUGAGAACUGGAAAGAAGUCCACAAGCAGGUGGUUGCCAGGUAUGGAGACCGGCCGCCGGGAGGCGUUUGCUGCGUGGCUCAGGCUGCUGCAGAGCUCGGGGGCAAGCAUUCCUCGCACCUCACCCGGCUAGCGAGACUUCCUAUCCACAACGAAGCCCUUCACGGCCUCACCCCUUCCAACAACUGA